UGAUGUGCUCAGAAUAUGUGAGUUCGUGACCUACGUGAGAUUGGGAAGGUUCUAUACAGACAUUCGAUUUCGCAUGCCAUGUCGCACGUUCCCGCAUGACGACGUUGCUUAUACCGGAAGGUCGGAGACAUGCGAAGAUGGUGAGUGUGAAGACAAGGGGUACCGGAGCCAGAGUACGUCGCGUUGGGGAUACGGGAAUGAACAUGAACAUGAAAAGAUGAUCCUAGCGGGUAUCUCGAUGAGGAACCACAAAAGCGAUAUUUGGAAAUUCGAAAAGCCAAUGGAGAUUACACAAGAACUGCAUCCAGACCCAUGUUUCCUUGGUUCUGCAGGCUCGAAGGGUCAUCGCCAGACCCAGAAUAUGCAACGGCAGGGGCCUAGAGAGUGCAAGGUACGAGGGGAAAGAGGAACGGGGAACUGCGCGGGAAGAAGUAAGCGGGAGAAUCAGAAGAGCUUGCUCUUGCUCUUGUCUCUAGGGGGCGAUACUAUUGAGGAAGUGACCCUGGAAAUGAAGAAGGACGAGAAAGGGAAUCGAAGAAGAGGAAGGUCCUGAUGCACAUACAUAUCGUUGAUGUGCCUCGAAUGUACAUUCUUGGGAUGACCUGGGGCUGAAAAUAAACUUCAAAUACUACG